ACUCCAACCCCUCAAGACAUACCAGACACAAUUCCUCCACCCCAACAGUUUGGGGACCAGCCAUUAUAUGAGACACAAAACAUUCGGCGAGACUAUCAGAAACGAAUUUCCAGUUCUUCACAGUCAUCACAGGGCUCAACUGAACCUUCUGUAAACCUGUACCAGCAGGCGCAGCCCCAAACACACUAUCAACAACAACCUCCCAGCCAUCAGUACCCACCCCCUCCAGGUCAGUCGUAUCAGCAGCCACCCCCUCCGGCUCAGUCGUACCAGCAGCCGCCCCCUCCUGGUCAGUCGUACCAGCAAAACCAGCCUCAAGGAAUGUCGGCAAUCAGUAAUAAUCUGUCAGAGCUAGACCAGCUCUUGUCAGAUCUCAACUCGGCUCAAUUUAUGGCGGAGGUGGAUAAGAAACAUCCAAGCUCAGGUAAAAUGCCACCUCCGGUAGCACCAAAACCAGGACGUGGCGGUCAGACUGGUGGUGGUGGUGGGACGGUAGACAGUCUUUUAGAUCAGCUAGAAAGUUCAGUACCACAAACACCUAAUUCACGAGGGGGUGGAUACCCAGGGCCAGAAAAUGAAGUGAACAGCUACCAGUAUGACACAAGAGGACAAAAUCAAGCCCAGACAUAUAACUAUGCCCAUGAACAAGAACAUUUACAACCAUAUAACUACGCUGAACCUAAACAAGCGGUACAGACUCAGAGUGCUGCUACCCAGGAACUUGAUGAUCUGAUGUCUACUCUCUCAGACUUUAAAAUGAAAGACAAGGCGCCAAGCCAGCAACAAGCCACAGUAAACCCUAUGAGACGGUCCCCGUCACCAGGCAGCGAACCUUCCUAUGCUAAACCACAGAAAAGUCGAAAUCUAUCACAGUCUAGCAGUGCUAACAGUAGUUUACAGAGUAGCAGUAUCACUGGUAAUGCAUCGGGUAGUUCAGCUCAAGGUGGUCAGUUAGAGUCCAUGCUGGGUGACCUUCAGUCUGACCUGAACAAACAAGGUGUGAGCACCAAAACUAAGGGUCUGUGUGCAGCUUGUAACCAGCCAGUUGUUGGACAGGUGAUUACAGCUCUAGGCAAGAUAUGGCACAUUGAGCAUUUUAACUGUGCUCAGUGUCACGAAACUCUUGGAACGAAGAAUUUCUACGAGCGAGAUGGUAUGGCAUAUUGCGAAAGAGACUAUCAUUCACUGUUUGCUCCUAGAUGUGGGUACUGUAACGGACCUAUAGUAGAUAAAUGUGUGACAGCAUUGAACAAUACCUGGCAUCCUGAGCAUUUCUUCUGUGCACAGUGUGGGCGGCCAUUCGGAGAUGAAGGUUUUCAUGAAAAAGAUGGAAAGGCUUAUUGCAGAGCGGACUUCUUUGAGAUGUUUGCGCCGAAGUGUGGUGGGUGUGGGCGUGCUAUAGUUGAUAACUAUAUCUCUGCUCUGAAUAGACACUGGCAUCCGGAGUGCUUUGCUUGCUGGGAAUGUCAUCAGCCAUUCGGAGGUAGCAGUUUCUUUGACUACGAAGGUCUGCCUUACUGCGAGACACAUUACCAUCUCAAGCGUGGUUCUCUGUGUGCCGGAUGCCAGAAACCAAUAGCUGGGCGAUGUAUUACUGCCAUGUAUAAAAAGUUCCAUCCGGAGCAUUUUGUGUGUGCGUUCUGCUUGAAGCAGUUGAAUAAAGGAACAUUUAAAGAACAGAAUGAUAGGCCAUAUUGUCAUCCAUGUUUUGUUAAAUUGUUUGGGUAAAAAGGAUUUUAGUUCAAACAGCACUAUUUCAUCUUUUUCAUGAUUUUGUUAUUAGAACUCUUUAGUGUACCGGUAAUCAUGAUUUCAUGUAUUUCUGCACAUCUUUAUUCAGGUUUAGGGUCAUUACUCAUUACUAAGAGUUUGAAUUCUUAUGUAAGUGCAUUUUGAAAUAGCUUUUGCAAGCAAGACUUCAGUCUGUUUUUGUGUGUCUAUUUUAUAUGGUGAACAAGAUGAGAGACUCCUUUGAAAAUUGUUUCUUCUCAAGGAAACCCUGUUUAAUAGGAAUAUUGACAUGGAUUUUGAAUAUAAAGUAUAUGAGAUUCUUCUUAAAGAGUCUCACCUUUUAGAUUUGUGUCAGAUUUUCAAAAUUUAGAAAAAUCCCAGUUACUUUCAUUAUUGUAGAUAUAAAUUAAAAACAGAGUGUUUCCGUAAGUUUUUAUGCAGUGUCUGUUCAAAUAAACACUUGUGUCAUCUAUAAAGUAAAAUUUUAAUAUGAAAUAGAAGAAAUUUAGAUUGUACCCUGAAAAUAUCAACUUAGGUGACAUUGAUUUAUAAUUUUUAUAUUAAAAGACAUUGUGAAGGUUGAAAGGAAAACUGUUGUAACUCGUAUUAAGUAUAGAAUUAGUUAAAGUAUGAAGAAGUAUUCCAUUCAGCCCUUGAUUGCUAAUUUAUAGCAGUAACUUUUUGAUACACAUCCGGAGUUUGGUCCCCAAUAUAAUGUGCUUGUUUCUGGACAUGAAUUAUUUUACAAGUAUCUCACCUAAAAUGCAUGUUUUAUCAGUGGGAGGUAAAUGGAAAACAAAAAAAAACUAUGGAAGUUCUGUCAUAAUUUUGUUUUUGAUAAUUUCAACAGUUCAUUGAUCAGGCGAAAAUUACACUAAUGAGCUUUUACAUAAAAGAAUUCUCGCUGCAGGAGUGGGAUGAAAAAGAUUUUUUGGAGAGAUUUUCUUCCAGAUUUCCAAAGGUCAAGUACUGGGUAUCAUAAAUCAAAAAUCUGGAUUUUCUUGUAAUUUAACAUUUUAACAUUUUGUUUAAAUUUCAGUAAAGUCUUGGAUACUGGUAUACAUAAUUGCUUUUGAAAAGAACAAGAUAAAAGAGAUAUAUACACUGUCAUAUAAAAUGUUCAAAAAUGUCUUUGAAUUUCAACUACCGGUAUUUUUACUUUUUCCACAUAUUAAAUAUUGUGAGCUGAUGGUGCUGUAUGCAACACUGUAACAGGUAAAAUUAUGUUACAUUUGAUAAGCAUAGAAGUUAAAGAUUUUGAAAUACUUGUCAGGUACCUAAAUGCUGCAUCUGAUGUGCCCUGUGAUCUUGCACUUCAAAAACAGAUGUUCUCUUUAGAUUCUCUCCCUUGUUUUUUAGAUUCUUUCCCUUUUAUUUAUAUGUUUCUUUCCAGUAUUUUUUUUUUUUUUUGAUAAUUAUUGGUGCUGUUGCGAUUUUGUUUUUAGAAUGAGACAUGAUUAAAGAUGAAAUAUGUUGUUUGAUUUAGAUAGGUUUAACAAAAUGAAAGUUGAAAAGUUUUUUUUUUUGUUUAGAUUGAUUUAGGAAUUGUUGUUUCAUUAAUUAUUUUACAGGUCUGAUGGUUUACUUUCUAUGUAUAUAUUAAGCAUAUUGAUUUGUAUUGUAUAUUACUUGACCUAUUAAAACCAUAAUGAGAAUAUUUUUGUAUGUAGUUUAUAAAUAAAUUAGUAGCCUUUUAUACUGUUUUAUGAAUUAAUUUGUUAUUUUGUUGAUUUGGGAUAAAACAAUGAGCUGUGUCUUAUUAGCUCAUCUGAUUUUUUGAAAAAAAAAUGAUGAGUUAUUGUCAUCACUUGAGCGGUUGUCGGCGUCGGCAUCUGCGUCGGCAUUGCCUGGUUAAGUUUUAUGUUUAGGUCAGCUUUUCUCCUAAACUAUCAAAGCUAUUGCUUUGAAACUUGGAAUACUUGUUCACCAUCAUAAGCUGACCCUGUAUAGCAAGAAACAUAACUCCAUCUUUCUUUUUGCAAGAUUUAUGGCCCCUUUUGUACUUAGAAAAUAUCAGAUUUCUUGGUUAAGUUUUAUGUUUAGGUCAACUUUUCUCCUAAACUAUCAAAGCUAUUGCUUUGAAACUUGGAAUACUUGUUCACCAUCAGAAGCAGACCCUGUACAUCAAGAAACAUAACUCCAUCUUGCUUUUUGCAAGAUUUAUGGCCCCUUUUGGACUUAGAAAAUCAGUUUUCUUGGUUAAGUUUUAUGUUUAGGUCAGCUUUUAUCCUAAACUAUCAAAGCUAUUGCUUUAAGACUUGCAACACUUGUUCACCAUCAUAAGUUGACCCUUUACAGCAAGAAACAUAACUCCAUCCUGCUUUUUGCAAGAUUUAUGGCCCCUUUUGGACUUAGAAAAUAUCAGAUUUCUUGGUUAAGUUUUAUGUUUAGGUCAACUUUUUCUCUUAAACUAUCAAAGCUAUUGCUUUAAAACUUGCAACACUUGUUCACCAUCAUAAGCUGACCCUGUACAGCAAGCAACAUAACUCCAUCCUGCUUUUUGCAAUAAUUAUUGCCCCUUUUGGACUUAGAAAAUCAUUUUCUUGGUUGAGUAUUAUGUUUAAGUCAACUUUUCUCAUAAACUAUCAAAGCUAUUGCUUUAAAACUUGCAACAGUUUUUCACCAUCAUAAGUGGACACUAAACAUCAAGAAACAUAACUCUGUCCUGCUUUUUGCAAGAAUGAUGGCCCUUUGUAGACUUAGAAAAUCAUGGUUAGGACAAUAUUUCUAUUACACAAAAAAAAUCAGAUGAGCGUCAGCACCCGCAAGGCGGUGCUCUUGUAUUAUAGAGGUCCUCAAGUUACCUAAUGAGAGCAUUUUCACUUUGAAUUGUAUUGUGGGCACUAUGGUUAUUAAAAUACAACUGAACCGCAUCUUUGAUCUUUGAUCUAUAGUGCAGCCCAUGUGCUGCUGCAUUGUUCUGUAGUUACUAGUUUUUGAAAUACAAUGGAGCAAGAGAGAAAAAAAAGUACCAGUUAUCUGCAUCUUUGGAUUUGAUUGGAUAUCUUACUUGUUUUUAAUAAUCAUGUUCUGCCUUACUGGACCAUACUAGAACUCAAAGUAAAAAUUCACCAUAAUAUUAGAAGUUAAGUGGUUUGAAUGAAGAGGUAAAUAGAAGUUUUCCAUUUAUUUUGUGCUACCUUUUUGGUCAAUUGUACUUGCAAUUUUCAGAUUUUUACUAGAAUAUUACUGUAUGUUUAUACUUCAUGACUAUAUUUCUAAUAAUAAAUAAAAGGGAGAUAAUUCGCUUUUGAACAUUCUUUGCUAUUUUUAUGCCAAUUUUGAAUUUUUGUUGCAUAUAAACAUGAUGAUAUUUUCUCCUAGAAGUGCUGUAGUCUAUAGUAUAUGUGCUGUGAUUUUACAAUGGAAUACUACAACUUCAAGCAGGCUUGCACAUUCUGGAAGAAACUAACUUAAAUAGUUUACAGGGUUAUUAUCAAGUAGUCAAUGCCUUGGCAUGAUAAAAAUUGGUCAGAUGUGCACAGAUAUAAGGACAAGAGAGUUAAGUCUGAGUGGUAAAGUAUCUGUGCAUCUGAAUGAUGAACCAUGGUAUAUCAGACAUUUAACCACAAGAAGGUCUUAAUUGUUUUCCUAGUAACAUGCUUAUUAAAAUAUUUGAAGUUUGUAUCGUCUUAGAUUAUAUAUUUUCUCACAUAGGAAUUGAGCCUUAUAUAUUACAGUUGUUCAUAUAUUUCAUGUAAUACAAUAUUGGCUGUUGGUUUCAUAUAGCUUUCAGAGACAAACUUUGUGCUCUAUUAUUUUGUGGAAUGAUAGAAGUCAGACUCCAAAAGUAUAAAGUUUGGCAUUGUGUCUACAAGUAGACAUUGUCGUUUAUAUGACUGAAAAAUUGUUGAAAAAAGAUGUUAAACUGGAACACCCUGUAAUAAUUAUAGAACCAUAUUAUUUUCUGUAUUACUUGUUAAAGCACAUGUUUUUCACUGGGUCAAAAUUUUGCGAUUUUGAAAUUUUGACUAUGUUCGCGAGGUUCAGUAUUCGUAAAAUUGUAAAAAUGAUAUCCUACUUGAAUUAGCAUUAUCUAAUGGUGAAUAUUUAUGUGAGGAUUAAUUUUUUGCGAAAUGUAGGGCCUCGCGAAUGUAACGAAAAUUAAACAUUUCUGCUUUUACAGUAUUGGAAGGUUCAUUUAUUUUUAUUUAAGUAAAAUUUAAGCUUGCUUUUCCUGUUUGUUUGUUUUUUUACAGAAGUGUAAUAGCCAGCACUAGUCACUAUAUAGGUCUGUAUAUGUAUAUUUUUUUAUCACACAGAUUAUGUAACCACUGAAAUCAUUCAUUAAGUGCCAUUUUCUCUUCCUACAUCGAACUUGUCUUAGUUCGUUAUGUCAGCUGAAACUCAUAAAGUGUUAAUUCUUAGGAUUGUUUGAAAUCGGCACACCUUCAUACAUGUAUUUAUGUACAGUAUUUAGCAGUUUAUUAAGUAUUGUAAUUUGUUUUAGAUCUUCAUUGUAAAGAUAAAACAAAUUGUUUCAGCAAGUUCUACACAGUAUUCCUACACACACAAAAAAGUGAUACAGUGUGUAAAUUACAGGGUGUAUUGGAAAAAAAGACUUUCUACUACAUUAGUAUGAUAUCAAAUGUUGUACUCCUUAACCUUUACCCUGCUAAAUUUCUAUAAUGGACUGGUCCAUCAUUCAGUUUGGGCAAUACCAUUUAUUAUUCAAAGGGGUGUUCACUGAAAAUAUACUGACAGAAUAGCGAACAGUGCAGACCAUGAUCAGACUGCAUGGAAGUGCAGGCUGAUCUUUGUCUGCACUGGUCGCAAAGGCAGAACCACUUGCCACCAGCAGGCUAAAGGUUAAAAGUCAAGUUAUGAUUUUUACUGAUUCACGACUCUUGAUAUAUUUUAUUGCAGUUUCAAAAUUUUAGAAUUUUAUGUACUUUAAUGUGCAUGCUCCUUUAAGAAAAAGGAUGGUAAAUUAGUAUUACCUUUGACUUACUUUUGAACAUUUUCAUUCUCACUUUAUUGUGCAAAUGGCAUAAUUGAUACAGAUUUUUUGCUCAGGCAUGCUCAUCUUUAUAGAGCUUUUGUAAAGAGUUAUUUCUCUUGCUUUGGGUGGUAGUUGCUAGAAAUACUGUCUUUGCCUGUCUGCCAUCUUUCUUUACUCUAAUAUUAGAGGUAUUAUGAAACUCUCUUUAAAGAUUUUUUUUAAAACUUAUUUAAUAUAAUUCAAUUUUCCCAGUUGCUUCAUCAUUGUGUAAGAAACAUAUAUCUAUUUUAUAUUUUACUGAAAACAACACUUUUUUUAACUUCAUUUAUGGCAUUAUAUAUUACUGUACCCUACGGUGUAAUUUCUUGACACCUUGUUCAUAUAUAUCUACUGUUGUUAGCAUUAUAUUGAAAAGUUUAUUUGCUACAGUUUUGGAUAAAAUUUUCAGAUGUUGCUUUUAUUGUCUUUUGAUGACUGAAUACUUAAUCACAGAGAUAGGAUGUAUGCCGUUUCUAAUGUUUUCAUUUUGAUGAUUUGAAAUUUGUUUUUAUUACAUGUUAAAAUUAUAUUCCCAAGAGGAAAUGAGGUGCCUGGCCAAAUAAAUAAUAUUAUCUUAUUGCAGAGCAACUGUCUUUAAAAGUAACAUUUAAGGUAGUGCAUCCAUAAUGACAGAUCAGAAAUUUCCAUGCGAUUAAUUAUUCUCUGUAUCCCACUUUGAAAUCCUUCGGUUAUAACAUAUAGUUCUUUUUUCAUAACAACCAGAAAAUUGCCAAAAUUGCAGACAAAUAUUAUGUAAUCAAACAGAAAAUGCUGUUUGUUACUACAGACCCAUUACCUUAAUUUGGCUGGCCCACAGUUUGCUUUUGAUAAUAUAUUAGUAAUAUUAUUUCAGUUGUAUGUGAGAAAAAAUAUUGAUUCCAAAUUUUAAUUCUUACUCUUUCUAAAUUUGUGAUAGAUGUUUAAAACUUAUUGUCACAUUAAUUUAGUUUUCAAUAUUUGUUUCUCGGACAUUGUGAUUAAAAAUGGCGAUACCGUUAGUUCUUUUCAGAACAUUCAACAAACUUCCGAUAGGCAGAGUUUUCUCCCUUGAAGGAUAAUUUAUGUAGAUAUUUAUCUUGGUUCUAGGUCUGAAAAAUUAUGACAGUUUGAAAAAUAUUUUUUCCUUUGGUAUAUAAACCAGUUAUAUGCUAGAUCUAUUGACAUUUAUUCUGCUUUCUCAUAUAAAAAAGCAAUAAAAUAUUCAAUAAAUAUGUUAUAUAAUUAUAA